AUGGUGCGCAGUCGCCGUUCCAUUUCGAAAGAGGACGCUUCCUCGGUUUUAACAGACAGUGGAAUUUCAUUGUCUUCACCAUCGUCAAAUCAAACGCGUUUCCCGUCUCACCAUCAUCUCAGCGAGGACGAAGAGGAAGCUAUUCUUAAUAAAUUGUUUGUAACGGAUGACGAAAAUACGAUCCAGCGUACAAUAGAUGAUCCCACUGUGUCAAAAAGUUCUAUCGAAAAGGUUGUUGACAGCGAUAGUGAAGAUAAUCAGUUGGCAGCAGAAGAAAAGAACAACGGUAAAGAUGAAAAAGAAAAUAAAACUGAUAUAAACGCAACGGUUGCACAAAACGAUUGUAAACCGGUUGUGGGUGCGCCAGCCGGCAAAAGAUCACGCAAAUCAUACAUUUGCGAAGUUUGCAAUAAAGAGUUUGGCGGCAAUACUGACCUCAAACGUCAUCAAUUGAUACACUCCGAUCAGAAGCCCUUCAAAUGUGAACAAUGCGGUAAGUGCUAUCGUCAAGCCAUCAAUCUUAAAAAUCACAUUACAACGGCUCACGCUAGAAAGAAACAGUAUUCUUGUGAUCAAUGUCCGAAAACGUUUGCUCUGAAGGAACGUCUCAAGCUGCAUAUGCGUUUGCAUUCUGGUGAAAAGCCUUACGCUUGCAGUCAGUGUGAUAAACGUUUUGCUCGCGGUGGUCAGCUACACCAGCAUACGGUUAGUCAUCAUCAGGAUGCCCCGAAGAAAUUCAAAUGUGAAAAAUGUUCGACACGAUUUUCGACCUCCUCAAAUUUAAAAGCUCACUUAGAACGGCAUGAGCACGGCCCGGAACAUUAUUGCAACAUCUGUAAUGAGCACUUCGUGAAUGAAGUGUUACUUAAAACCCAUGUGGCAAAGACGCACUACAAACUGAAGCAGGUCGAAUGUGAAGUAUGCAAGCAAACUAUAGAAGAAGAAGACUUGGCUACGCAUAUGAAAACUCAUGCCAAUGUAAAGAGUCACGUGUGCGAAGUGUGCCAUUCAAUGUUUAUGCAAAAGUCACAAUACAAUGUGCACAUGAGAAUGCAUACGGGCGAACGUCCCUAUCAAUGCCAGGUGUGCUGUCAAACUUUUGCUCAUUCGAGUGUUUUAAAAUUACACAUACGUAAACACACCGGAGAAAAGCCCUUCAAUUGCUUACUGUGUAAAGAUGAUGAGGUAGCGUUCUCUCAGUUAGCUCAUCUGAAAACGCACAUGAAAAAGAUACACAAUCAAUUUAAGCCUUAUAUGUGUGAGGGUUGUCAUGAAUUUUUUAAAGUAAAAAUUGAAUUGGAAGCUCAUCAACAUCGCUGCGAUAAGUGUACAUCCAAUAUAGACGAACAGGAUGCGCGUUACAAUGAAGCUCAAAUAUUAUCGCAUAUACGCUUCCAUAUGGCUAUAUUACUCAAAAAAAUUUCGUCCAACCAGAAAUUGCAGCAGUUAGGCUUUGAAAAACGGCUCAUAGAUAAUGUGAUUAUGGCUUCAUUGAAAUUGGCUAAACGAAAAGUACACGAUGAUCCUAAUUUAACACCCAUUGAACGCAUGCGUUUAAAUGUGCAAGAGUUACUUAAUUGGAUAGUGCCAAUAAAAGUAAUGGAGACAUUUCGUGAGGAGAAACUCUCAGUGGAAAAUAUAUUAGAAAAGAUAGUUACCAUGUAUAUGAAACAAAAGUAAUAAGCUUGACUUGAUUUUCAUAUUGUUUUUAAUGCUUCAUGUGCCAUAAGCUAAGCAUUUCGUUCGGAAGGAACGUUUUCUUAUUUUAAUAAGCUUAUUUAAAUCUUACUCCGAUUAUUUACGGGUUAAGUAAGACGGACUUGCCAUAUUUAUUAUUAUCCUUUUCUCCUUUAUUAUUUUUCUUUUUUGCCUAGUAUCCCAAAGAUUUUGAAAAACACCAAAAAGUGGAACUAAAUAGAAUUACGUAACUUGUUCUUAAAACUAGUCUAGCUUUACGGUUUUGAAAUAAUUCUUGACGCCUUUCUUGCCCUCGAAAACAUAAAACAAGAAUAAAA